AUGCUCGCUAGCGCCUCGUCAGCGUCACUUCGUCACGAGCAUCAGGCUAUGGAGGCAAAUUACUUGCAUCAUGGCGGUUACUUCCUUCCAAUAUUUCUCUACCGAAGUAUUAAACCUUCUCCAUGGUUGGAAUGUGCUCCUGGUUCACAGGUGGCGCUCUCAAUUCUUGACGAGGUGAAAGCACUCUCGUGGGAGGAACAGGAGUUCUUUUAG